GUUUAACUGAAAACAUGGAUAUCAGACCAAAUCAUACAAUUUAUAUCAACAAUAUGAAUGACAAAAUUAAAAAAGAAGAAAUGAAGAGGUCUUUGUAUGCCCUAUUUUCUCAGUUUGGUCAUGUGGUAGAUAUUGUGGCUUUAAGGACCAUGAAGAGGAGGGGACAGGCUUUUGUUAUAUUUAAAGAACUUGGCUCAUCCACAAACGCUUUGAGACAGUUACAGGGAUUUCCAUUUUAUGGCAAACCAAUGCGAAUCCAAUACGCAAAAACAGAUUCCGAUAUAAUUUCUAAAAUGCGUGGAACUUUUGCUGACAAAGAGAAAAAGAAAGCAGAAACUGUGGAACAGGCUGCAGCAGCCACAAACAAAAAACCUGGUCAGGGAACACCAAAUUCAGCUACUACUCAAGGAAAUUCAACACCAAGUCCUCAGGUCCCUGAUUACCCUCCAAAUUAUAUUUUAUUCCUUAAUAAUUUACCAGAAGAAACUAAUGAGACGAUGUUAUCCAUGCUGUUUAAUCAGUUCCCUGGAUUUAAGGAAGUGAGCUUGGUACCUGGCAGGCAUGACAUCGCAUUUGUUGAGUUUGAAAACAACGGGCAAGCUGGUGCCGCUCGGGAUGCUUUGCAGGGAUUUAAGAUCACACCAUCCCACGCCAUGAAGAUCACUUAUGCCAAGAAAUAA